AUGGGCCCAAAGAUUAUUAAAUCUACCCAGGAGGGUACCAGACGCACUGCGUCUGGAGAAUCCCUCCCGGAGCCAGACGGCUCCGGCAGCUCCCAAACGUACUCUGGGGGGAGCAACCUUUGUCUAACCUGCCCGUCGCCGAGCAGUAAAUCCGGCACCCAAAAAAAACGCGGAGGACGCAAAAAACCUGGAGGUAGUGUCGAACACCGACACUGCCUCGGAGAGGAGCGGAGCGAGUACCCCGAUGGUCUCAGCUGCAGAGCAGCACCAGAAGGGUACUCCAAAGCGCAAAAGGCGCUCGCUUCGCCUGGGCCUGAAGAGGCAAUUGGAGUCGGCCUCGAGCGAUGA